AUGUCUGACUGGGAGGCGGACGACGAGGAGGAAGAGGGACCCUGCAGAGCCACCCCUAAACCUUCUCGGGCGUUACCUUCAUGGUGUCCGGUUACAGAAACAGCUCCUCCGGCUAUCUGUGAGAAGCGCUCCUCAGUCGGAGACAAAAAGGAAAGGGGCGACGGUUGGCAAGGGGGCUCGCGGAAGGUUCCUGACAGUCGUGAGCCGUGGCAGUCGGGGCCCUCGGAGUAUCGGGCUCGCGGCUCCCCUGCAGGAAGAGCGACUCCGCUCUGCUUCCACCUGGAUAACGCCCUGGUCGGCACCCUCAUAGGUCGAGGUGGAGCUAAAAUAAAAGAACUUGAAGAAUCUUCAGGUUGUAAAAUACAGGUUGUAAGAGGAAAUUGUGAAGCUGAAGUAAAGAUAUUUGGUGGUAAUGAUAAGCAGACAAAAGCCAAAAUGUUGAUUGAUGACCUUAUUGAGAGGUGUGGUCAAAGCAAUGCAGAAGAAAAGUAUGGAAAAGAUUCCUUCAAGCAUCAGCAUAUUGGGAUCAGUCAUUACCAUGCCAAUCAUACUGGAGCUUUGACAUCAGUAAAUAAUAAUCCGAAGCAGGCCAUUAAUUGGACUUCUCUCCGAGAAAAUAAAGCUAAAUAUGAAGCUAUGAAAUGGGCCGAUUUACCUCCAAUUGAAAAAAUAUUUUACAAAGAGUCAACAAAGAUUGCUUCUAUGUCACAGGAGGAAAUCGAUAGGAACAGAAAAGAGAACAAUAAUAUCACAUGUGAUGACUUGAAAAAUGGUGAAAAACGUCAUAUUCCCAAUCCUGUCUGUGAAUUUGAAGAUGCUUUUCAGCACUAUCCUGAUAUUAUGGCAAAUAUAAGGAAAGUUGGCUUUCAGAAGCCUACACCUAUUCAGUCACAGGCCUGGCCAAUAAUACUUAAAGGAUUCGAUCUCAUUGGAAUAGCACAGACUGGUACGGGAAAAACAUUGGCUUAUCUGAUGCCAGGAUUCAUUCACUUGGAUUUACAGCCAAUUCCUAGAGAAAAACGUGGUGGACCAGGCAUGUUAGUUCUCACUCCAACUCGAGAACUGGCUCUUCAGGUUGAGGCUGAAUGCUCAAAAUAUUCUUAUAAAGGAAUUAAAAGUAUUUGCAUAUAUGGCGGUGGAGAUCGGAAGGGGCAAAUCAGUGUGGUUACGAAAGGUGUAGACAUCGUUAUUGCUACUCCUGGUAGACUGAAUGAUCUUCAAAUGAACAACUUCAUAAACUUGAGGAGCAUAACAUACUUGGUGUUGGAUGAAGCUGAUCGGAUGCUAGAUAUGGGAUUUGAGCCUCAAAUAAUGAAGAUUUUAUUAGAUGUGCGUCCUGAUAGACAAACAAUUAUGACUAGUGCUACAUGGCCAGAUGGUGUCCGUCGCCUUGCAAAAUCAUAUUUGAAAGAUCCAAUGAUCGUUUAUGUUGGUACUCUUGAUUUAGCAGCAGUAAAUACAGUGGAGCAGAAGGUGGUUGUUAUUCCAGAAGAAGAAAAAAGAGCUUUUACACGUUACUUCAUUGAUUCUAUGAAGUCUGAAGACAAGGUCCUCAUUUUUGUGGGAAAGAAGGUUACUGCUGAUGACCUAUCCAGUGAUUUUGGUCUUCAAGGAAUUCCGGUUCAGUCUUUACAUGGCAAUAGAGAACAGUGUGAUCGUGAACAAGCUUUGGACGACUUCAAGAAAGGAAGAGUUCGUAUACUGAUAGCAACAGACUUAGCCUCUAAAAUUAGGGUUAGAUGUACUGACAUCACUCAUGUGUACCACUGGAACAAAAUGCUGUUUCGUACAGUUUCAAAAUAUGUUAUCUCAACCACCCACCUUCUUUAUAGCCGCACAGGUGAAGCUGUAACUCUAGUGACUAGGAAUGAUUGGCGAAUUGCAUCUGAACUGAUUGAAAUUUUAGAAAGAGGAAGCCAAGUAAUUCCCGAAGAGCUAAUUUCAAUGGCUCAGAGAUACAAGCAAUUUCAGUUGAAAAAAGAAAUGGAAAAGGAUUGUGGAAAGCCUCGUGGGAGAUCAUGGAAAAAUAUGUAAUGCAGCUGGAGAUCGUAAGCACUGUGUCUUUAGAAAUGUUAGUAACAACUUCAGUAAAGGCUAUAUUUUCAGUAAAAUUUUCAUAAAGCUUACAUUUUGAAACUCCACAAUUUGCAGAAACUAAACAUAUUUCCAGAUUUGACAUGAAUGCAUAUUAUAUAUGCACAGUAAAGUGCCAAUUGCAACUUCUCUAAGUAGUUUGAGAAUAAGGGCCUCAGUAGAAUAUAGAAUAGGGCUGAUUGACAGACAAUACGUGGAUUAUGUCUUCUCAUGUUCAGGGAGGAAACUUGUAUACAAUUUGAUAGUUUGUCAGCUUUCCAUUAACAUCUUGAUCAGCAAAGUUCAGAAAUAUUCAAAAUUAUGCCUGCUUCUAAUUAUUUUUGAAAUGUCUCGAUUUACAUUAGAAUAUUUUAAUAUAGUACUAUAACAGACGUAUUGUUUCGUUUCAGGCUUUGGUUAAGAUUUAAAAAACUAGUAAUUUUCACUGUUGUAAAGAAAGAAUGUUAAUUCUUGUUUCCUGAUUUGUAGUUUUAAGGGAGAAAUAUGUUUCACAGAAUGUCAACAAAAGUUCUGUCGAAUUCAAAAGAAAUAACAGGUUUCUCCACCCUCAUUUUAUUUUACAAUUAGCCUUAUUGUGUUUUCAUUGGUAGAAUGUCCAAACAUAAUUAUUACCAUGCCAAAUAAACUCUAUAGAGUA